AUGGGCACGCUCAAAAAGGCGGCACUUGAUUGGUUUAGUGGUCUACCCGAUCGGUCAAUCACCGACUUCGAUGUUUUUAGUCGGCUAUUCAUGGCACAGUUCGCCGCUAACAAAAAGAAGCCACCAAUCACAUCGGACUUGUUCGACCUCAAGCAACAACGUGAGGAGUCUCUAAAAGACUUUCUGCAAAGGUUUAAUGAGGUCGCCUUGAGAAUAGCGUCGUUGGAUGAACGGAUGGCGGUCAUCGCGCUUAAAAAAGCAAAUUGUCAAACGAUGUCGGAGGUCCGGGCUUUCGCAUUAAGUCACAUCAAAACGGAGGAAAAUCAAAUUAUUAAGAGGGCAGCGGAAAACCGAGAAGCAGGGGGCAGCAAUAAGGAGGGCAACAAGCAUCUCCGACCGCGGUCAGAUUGGAGUAAGCGACGCGACCAAUACAACCCGAAGGAGAGCAACUACCGACAGGCCGAUCGCGCUGGUCGGCCAAGGGGCGAGUGGCCACGUAGCAAGGAGGAGGAGAAGUUUACUCCACUUAAUGUUCCCAGGCGACACAUCUUGCAUGACGUUAACAGUGCGUCACUAUUUGAGUUCCCAGCGGCAACUGACCGCCAAUUGGGACCUUACAAAACCGACUGGUGUGAAUUUCAUCGGACUCAUGGACACACAACUGAGAAUUGCUUCGUUCUUGGUAGGCAGAUUGAGCGCCUUAUCAAGGAGGGUCGUUUGAAAAAGUUUAUUGUAGGAAAGCAGGAUGAGGGCUCGUUCGACAGGCGACGCAGGCAGGGAGGAGAAGACACCAGGAGAGGAAGGCGAGAAGGGAGAUCUCCCCCGAGAGAUCCCCCGCAAAAAACUACGGAGACUCACCAGUAG